AUGCCUUGUGGCGUCCAUGAUAAAUGCAUCAGAAGGAGAUAUCACCGUGCCUCAAGAUACGCUCAUAGGUUGUUGGUAGAUAACCACAUUGGAUUGUUCAAGUACUUGAUCAACGACCAACAUCAACAACGAUUUCUGAUGUUUAAUGUUGUAGUACCUUCAAGGAUAGCCUUCCUCAUUGUUACAAAGAUACGUGAAUGGCCACUCAUUGACAAGAUCAUUGACCAUCAUUCAAAGUUGAUCACUGCCGUACAUCUGAUGGAGGCCGCAUGUAGUGCCAACUCCCUGGACCACAUCAUAUACUUUAUUGGCAAGGGAUACAACGUCAACUAUCAAGCAUUGACCAAGGUGGCUGAGCAUGGUAGUGUGGAUAUACUCUCACUGAUGGUGCAACAUUUCCGCAAGACUUCAUUUAGAUCACACGAUGCCACUAAGCUGGCCAUCGUCGCACUGAAUAGAGGACAUACGGCAUUCGUUAGACGAUUACUAGAGUUGAAGAUCAACGUAUCAGUCUCGGCGUUUGUGCACGCCAGGACAUAUUGCAACAGGGACAUUGUCAAGGAACUCAAUCUGAUAUGGCAGAAAUAUCGUUCAAACGAUGAACACAAUCUCAGCAAUAGACCGCGUUGGCGAUACUAG